AUGAAGAGAAGAGUGUCGCCAGUACAGGUUAGUCCCACAUAUGGAUACUAUACGCUUCUUUUUGUAGCUACUGAUUCUUCACACUUGUGCCGCUGACAUUCUCUUUGCCGUUCUAGCACUGGGUACUAACAUUCUUGUUUUGGUGAGGCAAGUCAUAAUAGUUUGAAUAUUUGUUGACGUUUCCAGUUAACCUACCCCGUUUUCCAUGGUUCCAAUCUGGUCUGCAAGUCGAUGAAAUAUCUGCAAAUGUUUCCAAUGUAUGCAAGCCCGUUUUUACUGGUGGCGUUGAGUGCGGAUCGGUAUCAGGUUAGUUGAUUCGCUAGAUUUUCAGGAGUAAAUUAUAAUGAGUUAGUUUAAACAUUAUUUUGUUUUUCACAGGCUAUUUGCCGGCCACUAGCUCAUUUCCGCUCGUCCCGAUAUCGCCGUCCAAACUGGAUGGCAGCAAUUGCAUGGUGCUUAGCUCUUCUUCUCUCCAUCCCGCAACUCUUCGUUUGGGCGAAGAAUGAGUAACUCAAAAGAGAAUUAUUGGUGAAGUGAACUUUAUGUCUUAGGAAAGGAAAGUGCUCAACCGUUUACGGACCUAAUCGGCAUACGUUGAAAAAUGUGUACGUGCUAAUGUUCAACACGCUUGCCUGGUUAAUGCCAUCUAUCUUUGCCGCUGUCUUCUACUGUAAGAACACGUCAAAUUAGAAGUUCCGGGAAAGAAACAUUUACAGAUUGCGUGUGUAAAGCUGUUCGGUAUUCAUCUUCAACAUCCGUUAGACUACUUUAUAACAAAACGAUAGUUGGAGAACGGCUUUCAUCAGAGUAAACAUUUUUUUACUUUUGUUUAAAAAACAACAAUUGCAGCAUGGCGACUCAAGAUUAUAUCAAAGAACUGCGAAAGAAAUCCAAAGGUUUUAGACAACAAGUGUCAGAAUUUGAUAGGAAAAGAGUGCACGCAGGUAUAAAAUGAUUCAUAACUGUAGUGAUGAACUAACUUCAGUGCGAUUAACAAUAACAAUUGUCGCAUGCAACUUCUUCCUUUGGAUGCCAUUUUGUCUUAUUAACGUUAUUCAAGCAUUCUGGCCUGAAAUUGCGCGUAUGUCAAAUUUUGUAAACUUCACUUUUACUAGUUAGAUCGAAAUUACAGAUGUUUGGUUUCUUCCAUACAUAUCAUACCUCGGAAAUUUGAACUCUUGUAUUAAUCCCUGGAUUUAUAUAUUUUUCAAUCGCUCACACGUGCGGAAAGCUUUAGAUUCCGUUCAAGGCACAACGAUGACUGAAAUUACACGAAACAGUUUUGGACGUCCUGGUAAAAGUAAACUAAACUUUGAAAUAAUAGUUCAAAUACAGUUUACAGAAGGCAUUGAGCUAUUUGCCAAAUCUGCAAGUGUGUGA